AUGUCAACAGACUACGCGCAUUCUGCUGUCAGAUUCGGCGUCCCGAAGUCCGCGCAGCUCUCCAUGGUUAUGUUCCCAGCUGGAUUCAGUAAGAUACGUCUGUUCUCGGGUUUCCGGAACAGAGCGUUUGGGUCACACGCGGAAGUGUUCGAGAAGAAAAUCGUACUCCCCGUAGACACGACACGAAGGAGUCAACGUCAUCGGCGCUGCGCCAUUCCGGCCAAGCCCUGCGUUCCGAUAUCACAAGACGAGUAUCACAUCGUUACCAAUGACAGAAGCCAAGCGCUGUGA